ACUGCGCUUGCUGGCGACCCAAGCAAGGAGCACUGUAGCGUGGGGAGGUUUCCUAGCAACUCUCAGCUCGGAGCGCGCCCAGACACCCGAAAGCUGGGAGCCCUCACGGGGGGCCACAGAACUAGAGCACCCCAUCCCUGCCCAUCGCUGCCUCGCUUCCCUCUCAUCCUCUCCGGGUACAGCCCAGAACGCAUCAGCUGCCAGGGUUCUGGGUGGCCAGACGCCUGAGCCGACAGAGUCCGAGAAAGAACAAGGGUACGCAACUCCCUCCCAGCGAGGUGCGUGGAACGUCCCCUUCCAGCUCAGUAGGCAACUGGGAUGCCCUGUUCUUUGCCUGCGGGUGCAGACGGGAGCUUCUAGGGGGUUCGCGGAGCCGCUCCCCCAAGCUGCUGGCACCCGUGUCUCCUCUCCCGCCAAUCGGGACGUUGCCGCCUCGACCUCGGCUAGCUGAGACUAAGUGGAGUUGGCCUCCCUGCCCACCUGUGGAAGAAGCUAGCACCGACUGACUCGCCAGCAACUCCCCCACCCCCUUGGCCUUCUAGCGAUCCCCUCCCACUAAUGCAGCAUCACCCUGUGAAUUACAUUAGGGUGGUUUUCCCCCCAGCCUCAGGCUUUGUUUGGGUUUGAUUGUGUUUGGCUCUUCGCUAAGCUGAUUUAUGCAGCAGAGCCCCAUCGGCUGGGGAGAAACAAAAGCUUUUUUCUUUGUCUGGGAGCGGACUGUGCAGCCCGUACUUGCUUCGCCCCCGCGGGCCAUCGGCUGUCUUAGGAGGUGCUUUUGGUUGAGACUGCAAGCCCCGGCUGUGCAAAGCUGGGAGGGCCUCAGGGGCCCUGAGAUGCAGAGAGCUGCCCUGGCCCGCAUACCUGUAUCGCCUACUCAGAGCGACUGGGUCGAUCAACCCGGCCUGUUGAAAAGUUCCUAGGGAUUCUCGGCCCACGAGCCUCAAGGUGCGCUCCCAAGGCGCGAGAGCGCAUCAGGAAAGCAACUAGGCAGCGUGCACGGGGCAGGCUGCUUUGCAGUAUGUGUGGGUCGGCCCUGGCUUUUCUGACUGCUGCACUGCUCUGCCUGCACAACUGCCAGCGAGGUCCAGCGUUGGUUCUUGGGGCGGCCUGGGUAUUUUCACUUGUUCUCGGAUUGGGCCAAAGUGAACAUAAUAGAUGUGACUCUGCAAAUGUGGUCUCCUGCGCCAGGUGCCUCCAGCUGGGUCCGGAAUGUGGAUGGUGUGUUCAAGAGGAUUUUGUUUCAGGUGGAUCAAGAAGUGAACGUUGUGAUACUGUUUCCAAUUUGAUAAGCAAAGGCUGUCCAGUUGACUCAAUAGAAUACCUGUCUGUGCAUGUAGUAACAUCAAGUGAGAAUGAAAUCAAUACACAAGUGACUCCGGGAGAUGUCUCAAUCCAACUGCAUCCAGGAGCUGAAGCUAAUUUUAUGCUAAAAAUCCGUCCCCUGAAGAAGUACCCUGUGGAUCUUUAUUAUCUGGUUGAUGUGUCAGCAUCAAUGCACAAUAAUAUAGAAAAAUUGAAUUCCGUUGGAAACGAUUUAUCUAAAAAAAUGGCCCUUUUUUCCCAUGACUUCCGUCUUGGUUUUGGCUCAUAUGUGGAUAAAACUGUCUCACCAUACAUUAGUAUCCACCCGGAAAGGAUCCACAAUCAGUGCAGUGACUACAAUUUAGACUGUAUGCCUCCCCAUGGAUACAUUCAUGUGCUGUCUCUGACAGAAAACAUCACUGAGUUUGAAAAAGCAGUCCACAGACAAAAGAUCUCUGGAAACAUAGACACUCCUGAAGGAGGUUUUGAUGCCAUGCUUCAGGCUGCCGUCUGUGAGAGUCAUAUUGGAUGGCGAAAAGAAGCUAAAAGAUUGCUGCUGGUGAUGACAGACCAGACAUCACAUCUCGCUCUUGACAGCAAAUUGGCAGGCAUAGUGGUGCCAAAUGACGGAAACUGCCAUCUGAAAAACAAUGUCUACGUCAAAUCAACAACCAUGGAACAUCCAUCAUUAGGUCAACUUUCCGAAAAGUUAAUAGACAACAACAUAAAUGUCAUUUUUGCAGUUCAAGGAAAGCAGUUUCAUUGGUACAAGGACCUUCUGCCCCUUUUGCCUGGUGCCAUUGCUGGUGAAAUAGAAUCCAAAGCUGCAAAUCUCAACAAUUUAGUAGUAGAAGCCUACAAGAAACUCAUCUCAGAAGUAAAAGUGCAGCUGGAAAGCCAGGUACACGGUGUCCAUUUCAACAUCACUGCCAUCUGUCCGGAUGGGGCCAGAAAGCCAGGCACAAGUGGGUGUGGAAACGUGACAAGCAAUGACGAAGUUCUUUUCAAUGUGACAGUUGUGAUGAAAACAUGUGAUAUCAUAGGAGGAAAAAACUAUGCAAUAAUCAAACCUAUUGGUUUCAAUGAAACCACUAAAGUCCACAUACACAGAAGCUGCAGUUGCCAGUGUGAGGACCACAGAGGACUCAAAGGACAGUGUGCGGAAGCUGCUCCAGAUCCCAAGUGUCCACAGUGUGAUGACGGCAAAUGUCAUUUUGAUGAAGACCAGUUUCCUUCCGAAGCUUGCAAGCCACAGGAGGACCAACCUGUCUGCAGUGGCCGAGGUGUUUGUAUCUGUGGGAAAUGUUUAUGUCACAAAACCAAGCUUGGAAGAGUGUAUGGCCAAUACUGUGAGAAGGAUGACUUCUCUUGUCCCUAUCUCCAUGGAGAUGUGUGUUCUGGACAUGGGGAGUGCGAAGGUGGCAGAUGCCAGUGCUUUAACGGCUGGGAAGGGGAUCGGUGUCAGUGUCCAUCAGCCUCAGCACAGCACUGUGUCAACUCCAAGGGCCAAGUUUGCAGCGGGAGAGGCACCUGCGUUUGUGGCAGGUGUGAGUGCACGGAUCCUAGAAGCAUCGGCCGCCUCUGUGAGCACUGCCCAACCUGCCAUCUCUCCUGCAGUGAAAACUGGAAUUGUCUACAGUGCCUUCACCCUCACAAUCUGUCUCAAGCUGUUCUUGAUCAGUGUAAAGCCUCCUGUGCUGUCAUGGAACAACAUCCUGUGGCCCAAACAUCAGAGUGUUUAUCUGGCCCAAGCUAUCUGCGAAUAUUUUUCAUCAUAUUCAUAGUGACAUUCUUGAUUGGGUUGCUUAAAGUUCUUAUCAUUAGACAAGUGAUACUACAGUGGAAUAGUAAUAAAAUAAAGUCCUCAUCAGAUUACAGAGUGUCUGCUUCCAAAAAGGAUAAACUGAUUCUGCAAAGUGUUUGCACGAGAGCUGUAACCUACCGACGAGAAAAGCCUGAGGAAAUAAAAAUGGAUAUCAGCAAACUAAACGCCCAGGAGGCUUUCAGGUGCAACUUCUAAAGAACGAUUAGCAAACGAGCAAAAACUGUUGGAAGCUGGAUGUUUUUAUACAAUGUAUUCUAGCAAAUAUGAUAUAAAAAGUCACAGGAGGAGACAAAUUAUUGAAGAGUGUGCCAUGGAGACUGGCAGGUGUCUUCACAACUAUGUGACUCACUCAGCUGCUGACAUUUUCAGUGAACUAUGUGUCUUACUACUGUUGGAGACUAGCGUUGUAGCACUUUACUGUAAUAUAUAACUUAUUUAGAUCAGCGUAGAAUGUAGAUUGUCUGGAAAGCACUGAUUACACUUUACAGGUACCUGUCAGCCCUGCGCUGCUCAGACAGACACAAGGCUAUGGAGCGGGUUGCACGGUGUCACCACCGCAGAGCAGUGAUCCUUGUGUGCAACCAGCUGAUGAAAAGCAUCCAGGAGUAGUGGAAACAGUCAACCACACCCAACAAUUGGUAUUGUCUAGAUGUGCACACGCAGCUGAGCAAGGGUUAGGGUUUCAUUUCAGUUGGAGGUGAACAGAUAAACUUUAAAUGGUGUUGCUUUUGAAGCUGUGCAGUUUUGUGCAUGUAGGAGUCUGCUUUCUUCUCUUUUAAAAAAUGGAUUUUGACUCAAACAUCUUUUCCCUUUUUUGCAUUUAAAUUCUGUUUUUUCCUUUGGAAUAAGUUUAUAAUGUCACAAAUGACUGGAUUAAAUAAGUGCUAAGUUACUACUGCCGUAGAAACCUAUAUGACAAUGUCACUUUAUUAGAAUACUGUUUGGUUUUUAAAGCUGAAUGUUAAUAAGGGUCACUGUAAGGUGUCAUCUAAGUCCAUAGCUUCUUUGUCUGAAAAUAGUUUAUAUUUUCUUACCUGUCAAACUGGAUGGAUUGUUUCACUCUGUCAUUGAUCUGGCCUGUAGCCUGAAGUCCACAGGUGUCUACAAAGCUGCUUCAAGCUGAGUACCCUCUUUUCUGAGUAUGUUUUCUUGAUUUUUACUCCAAGUUGAUGUCAACAGUUUUCAAAUGAAAAAGUUGUAUUAUUCUUGCCCUCCUGUGCACCCUAAGGGCACUCCUUGAAUCAUCCCAACCCUGCUCAUGAGAAUUCAGAAAGGUAUAGAAUUGGAGACGUGAGGGUAAUGUCUUGGAAACAAGCUAAUCCUCCCUUUUUGAUAGCCAGGGAAUGGAGGCUCAGAAAAUUAAAAUGCUUUUACAAAAACACAGAAGCAGAGAAAUGACAGUAUUCGAGAAGAGCUGCCUUCUAAUUACAGGCCAGCAUUGCACAAUAAUACUCUACCUCUUGAAUCUGCAAAAUAUCCAUGGCAAAAAUUAAAAUACGAUUUACUGAAUUUUUCACGAGAAUAUUUCAGAGCAAAGUAGAAAAGGGUACUGUGCGUAAGCAGCUUCUAGUUUUUCACAUUACCCACCCUCUGAUAAGGCUUUGAUACAGUCCUUCCCUCCACAGUGGCUACAAGAACAAGCCUCCUAGAGCUGGGCAUGGCUCAGCUUAAAGCCUUGAUCCAGAGGCUCGGUACUUGAAUUCUAAAUUCCAACUGUCCUUUGUGUAGCAAGUGUCUCACCUGUGACAACAGAGGAAUCUAAAGAGUGUCUCUCCUCAGUUUACUGCUCUCCAGCACUUGAAAGUUCUAGAUAUUAGCAUGUUGAAGACAAGCCUCCAUUAGGUAUCACUCUGGGGCCUGGAAAGCCUGUCCAUUAUUCUCUAUCCAGAAAACAUGAUGUGUCCCUUAGCAGAGCAGUAGUGAUGCUCUUAACUGAGUGUUUCUUCUUCCUCAAUGAGAACCGGGCAUAGUCAAAAUACUGUGACUGUGUCUAAAGAAACCACGCUCACUACAGCUGAUGUGAAAAUUCUACUUUGCUGCUCAGAACAGGAUCCUUUUAUAAAUAUAUAAAUUAAUGGAUUCUUGGUGGUCUCCCCACCAAGGAAGAUAUCCAUUAAUUAAAUGCUAACAACUCAAAAGUGAGCAGUGUUUAUGAAUAAUAGAUUAAUAUCCACAUGAAAUGAGCAUAAUUAAAGAGAAUUCUUGAAAAGCAAGGAUUUGUACAUUUUUAGGCCCUCACUAGUUUGCACUAAUUUUAAGAUUGACCAAGGCUGUUGCCACAGGAAAGACAAAUUUCCUUGCCAGGAAUUCAGUGAUGGGUGAUAAUAUGUACUUGCAUGUGGAAUGUCUUGUAGCCUUUCUUUCUCUUCUUUUUUUCAACCUAAAAAGCUAAUUCUUAAAGAUUGUAGGGCUUAUAUAUUACUUGAAUAAUUGUUCUUUUUAAUAGUUUGUGAGAAGAGAAUUAAUAUUUGACUAGGUAGAAUUAAUUAAUAGGUAUGGGGAAACAGGGUAUUCUUAGAUUAAUAAUUUAUGUACUUUUAGACUAUUUUCAAAUGCUAUGAGUUGUUGAUAGUAAAUGCAAUUAAUUGAAUUUUAAAUUGUUAGCAAAAUGAAUAACUUGAGUGAUUUUAUUUUUUUUUGGCCUGUCAGCAUUUUGUGCCCUGGUGUGUAAUUAUUCAAAACUGUCCCAUAUUUCCACUACAUAAGCAACUGUAUACAAGUUAUUUCUUCUGAGACAUUUUUAUACUGCAGUACACAUGUAUUUAUAAACAUUUGUUCCAAUUUUUAGGCAUUUUCUACUAUUUAUUAAACCAUAUAUUCUCUGAGACUUAAAAGUUUGUUAAAAAAAAUCUAAUUAUGUUCCACAUGUUCAAUUUAACUUAGUUUAUAAAAAUAACAAAAAAAUCUCUGGGGGCAAAUUUUUCAAAAUCACAAAUUAAUACUGUAUAUACUUCAAAUGCAAAACCACCAAAGAAUAAAAUUCAAAUAUCUUUUAAUAUUUACUAAAUCCCCAUUAAGGAUAUACUUUUACAUAUCAGCAGAUACCUAUGAUACACUGAAAUCAUUGAUUCUUGAUAGAUUAUGAAUGUUUUUCUCAGUAGAAUUAUAUUUCUUCUGGUACUUGGUAGACUAGCUUAUACCCAAUGGCUCAUCCUUCCUUCCUGGCUCCCAUUUAUCCCAUCCACAUUUCUUUAGAAAUUGUCCAUAAGCGUCAAGCCAAUAAGCCUAAUUUUGAAAAAUAACAGCUUAACAAUGUAACUAAGUUCUUCAUUUCCAAAGAUCUCUUCUUACUGUCAGCACUCAUUUGGACAAAUACAGCCCCUCUGAAAACAAAGAAUUUUAAAUUUUUACAAUGUUGUGAUUUAUGUUUUCGUAAAGAUAGCAACUCACUUGGCAGUUCAAUGGUAUGCAUUCUGUGCUCUCUUUGUUUGCUCUUGAUACUUAGUUUACAGCUAUCCUUAUGACUGUAAAAACAUCAUUUUGUGUAAUGCAAACAUUUUCAAAGGAAUAGGACUAAUAUUUCUUCAAAUCCUUUCCUUUUCAUCUUCCAUAAUCCCUGCAUGGUAAAUUAGUUGUGCAUAAUUGAUUAGACAUACCUACUGUGUGUCUUGCUGAUUCUAGAAGAUAUCUUUUUUUUCAAUUUAGCAUCCCCAAAAUUGUGACAUCUCCUGACAUUGUCAUCUACAGUGUAGCGCUUAAAGUUGUGUUGAGAUAAACACUAAACUAAUUAAUAUUCAUGGAUGCAGUCCUUUUCAUAUAAACGUUUAUAAAUUCGUUUGUGAUGGCUUGUGAAGCCAGUUUUUAACACAGCUGAACCAUGUACUAUAACUCAGUGCAGACCUAACUGGCUAUUGGCUCAGAUCCUUUGAAUCUUUCAGUUACAAAAGCUCUUUUAGGCUUCCAUUUAUACCUUCUGUUAAGAGCAGUGAUUUAGGCAAACUAAGUUUACUGAGGAAGUGUGCAGUUUCUUGAGCCUUCGCUUAACGAUCUUUAGCAUUCCCAUCCCUUUUGAAGGGAUUGUUUGAAACUAUCAUCUCACUUCUAAGUAAGUUAACUGGAAAAAAGAUUACAUGAAAACACCAUAGUUAGUUUUCACAGCACUUCCUAAGGUUGGUGUCAGUAGCCAUCUUGAAAAUAUUUCCCCUGAGAUCUCGCAACUUUCUCAUUUCUCCUUAUCCUUUAUGUGCGUUUGAUGCUUUCUUUGGCUCAAGUAACUUUUCCUCUCCAGCACAUGUGAUGACUGUCAAAAAAAAAAAACCCUGCAGUUAAAAUAUAGCAUUUUAUGUGAAACAAUUGUUCAACUCUCUGGGCAGCUUUGGAUGGACUAUGUGAGAGUAAUAACACUACUCUGUCUACCUGAAAUACCUUCCUGCAUAAAAUGUAUCUUUGUAAGCUACCUUUUUCAACCGGGUGUCUAUUCUUCACAACCAAUUUCAGUACAACUGUGUAACUCAUUGGCAUAAAAGAAGAAAAAAAAACACUGCAAUUAUCAAGGAUAGAAAUCAAGUGAUUUCUGACUUUACUGACUUUACACAUACAAAUGUGAUUCUGAAAACAUGUCUGCACAAUGACAAGUAUGGUACGUAGAUUUUUAUUGAAAUAUUGAGUAAAAUUAUUUUCAUUCUAAAUUAUAAGAAACUACAAAUUUGCACAUAUUAAUAUAGAAAUUCAUUUUGUGUAUAGUUAACAUAUGUUUAAAGCUAUUUUACAUGUACUAGCUUCUUUAUGAAGGUCUGUAAAUUUUACAAAAGCAAUUAGACAUGUUUUAAAAUCAAUAACAGUCUUUGACUUAACAAAUACUGCCUUUGUAAAAACAUUUAAUAUAGAAUGUAUUUUUAAAUCAAGAUAUUUGAAUAUAAAAUAGCUCAAAGAGAAACAAAUUCUUCAUGAACACAUUUUGUGUUGUUUCUGGCUUUGAUUAUAUGAAAGGUGAAAUUGCCUUAAAUAAGGAAGAUUGGUAAAUAUGACAAUUUCACGUACUAUACUAUGAAUCUCUUUGCGUAACUGGUUGACUACUAACGUUUAUGUAUUUAUUAAAAGCUGACACUGUAGAUUGUUGUGAGAUGUUUAUUUUUCUAACAGAACUUAUCACAGUUGUGACAAGGCAUUUAAUUGAUAUACCAGUCUGUUUAAAUGUAGGCGUUAAUUGAUAUAAAAUUCUAUGUUUUAAAACAAAACUUUAAAGAUCUAAUAAAAACAUAAAGAAUAUA